CCCUAAUUCGCCAGGACAGGGUUAUGAUUGAAGGAGUGGACAAUACUCAUUGGUUCUAACACUCUUCUAGAGAUUUUCACAAAAGGUCCUUCAAAUUACGAAAAUGCCCCUUAUUCAACGGAAAAAGCCGACGGAGAAACCGUCGUCUCCAGCUGAGGACCUUCCCGACGAUGACGACGACGAUUCCCAGAAGAAAUCUCAUCGCAAGAAAUCCAACAACGGAGGAGCCGACAAGGCGAAGUGGUCGUGCGUUGAUUCUUGCUGCUGGUUCAUCGGAUGCGUGUGCGUCACGUGGUGGUUCCUAUUGUUCCUCUACAACGCCAUGCCCGCGAGCUUUCCUCAGUACGUGACGGAGGCGAUCACGGGUCCUUUGCCUGACCCUCCGGGCGUGAAGCUGAAGAAAGAAGGUCUCGUGGCGAAACAUCCGGUCGUCUUUAUCCCAGGGAUUGUCACCGGAGGGCUUGAGCUUUGGGAAGGCAAACACUGCGCUGAUGGUUUGUUUAGAAAGCGCUUGUGGGGUGGCACUUUCGGUGAAGUCUAUAAAAGGCCUCUAUGUUGGGUGGAACACAUGUCACUUGACAACGAAACUGGGAUGGAUCCUGCUGGUAUUAGAAUUAGAGCUGUCUCAGGACUCGUUGCUGCUGAUUACUUCGCCCCUGGCUACUUUGUCUGGGCGGUGCUCAUUGCUAACCUUGCACAUAUCGGAUACGAAGAGAAGAACAUGUACAUGGCUGCAUAUGACUGGAGGCUCUCGUUUCAGAACACAGAGGUGCGUGACCAGACGCUAAGCCGUAUGAAAAGUAAUAUAGAGCUGAUGGUUUCUACCAACGGUGGCAAAAAGGCAGUCAUAGUUCCUCACUCCAUGGGGGUCUUGUAUUUUCUACAUUUUAUGAAAUGGGUUGAGGCACCAGCUCCUAUGGGUGGCGGCGGUGGGCCUGAUUGGUGCGCUAAGCAUAUCAAAGCGGUGAUGAACAUCGGUGGACCGUUUCUUGGUGUUCCUAAAGCUGUUGCUGGCCUCUUCUCUGCUGAAGCAAAGGAUGUUGCCGUUGCCAGAGCGAUAGCGCCAGGGUUCUUAGACACGGAUAUAUUCAGACUCCAGACGUUGCAGCACGUGAUGAGAAUGACACGCACAUGGGACUCAACGAUGUCUAUGAUACCUAAAGGAGGUGACACGAUAUGGGGUGGUCUUGAUUGGUCGCCGGAGGAAGGCUACACUUGUACAGGUAAAAAGCAAAAGAGCAACGGGACGACGACUCGCGGUGAAGAAGACGGUGAGAGUUUAAUUUCCAAGAAGACGAAGAAGCCUGUCAACUACGGAAGAAUCAUAUCGUUUGGGAAAGACGUGGCAGAGGCUCCACCAUCUGAGAUCAAAAACAUUGACUUCCGAGGUGCUGUAAAAGGUCAGAGUAUCCCAAACAACACGUGCCGUGACGUGUGGACAGAGUACCAUGAUAUGGGAAUUGGAGGGAUCAAAGCUAUAGCUGAGUAUAAGGUCUACACUGCUGAUGCAGUCAUUGAUUUGCUGCACUAUGUUGCUCCUAAGAUGAUGGCGCGUGGUUCCGCUCAUUUCUCAUACGGGAUUGCUGAUGAUUUAGAUGACCCUAAGUACCAACAUCCUAGACACUGGUCCAAUCCCUUGGAAACAAAAUUACCCAAUUCCCCUGAAAUGGAGAUCUACUCAUUGUAUGGAGUUGGGAUACCAACGGAACGAUCAUACAUCUACAAGCUCAACCAGUCUCCUGACAGCUGCAUCCCCUUUCAGAUCUUCACUUCAGCUCACGAGGAGGACGAAGACAGCUGUCUGAAAGCUGGAGUGUACAACGUUGACGGGGACGAGACGGUGCCGGUCCUCAGCGCCGGGUUCAUGUGUGCUAAAGCUUGGCGUGGGAAGACGAGAUUCAACCCUUCGGGAAUCAAGACUUACGUCAGAGAGUACAACCACUCUCCGCCGGCUAACCUGCUCGAAGGGCGCGGGACGCAGAGCGGGGCGCACGUUGAUAUCAUGGGGAACUUUGCGUUGAUAGAGGAUAUCAUGAGGGUUGCCACAGGUGGCAACGGGUCGGAUAUAGGGCUUGACCAGGUCCACUCUGGUAUAUUUGAAUGGUCGGAGCGUAUUGACCUGAAGCUGUGAAUAUAUUUGGCUACCAGCUUUGUUACUUCCACGCAGGGAGAGAUCAUCAUCACCAUCAUCAUCACCAUCAUCAUCAUCAUGAUGUCCCAAGUCACAAGAACCAUGAAGAAUGAUAUGUGUGGUGGUGCAAUAUUAUCAAUACCUUCAUUUAAUACAUAUAUAGUUCUUAUUGGGGGAUGUAAACUAUAUACAAUCUUGAUUAUGUUUUGUGUCCUUGGAACGAUAGUGCAAGACUUGCUGCGUCAUGUCUAUUUGUUUUGUCCAAAGCAUCAGUUUGUAUUGGUUCUAGAUCGCUUAGAUAAUGAUUCAAACUAGGAUCAUGUAGAGUUUAUGUUA